AAAUUGCAUGCUUGUAUUAAAUUAAGCAUAAUUGAAGUUGGAAAUACAGAAUACAUCAUCAGUAUAUGAAUUCCCUAGAAGAUCUCAUCUUCAGCUGGCGUUUAGGCCGGCAACAUGGCUGUAUUUUGAGUAAAAAAUGAACCCAAUAAAUAAAUUUUACUAUACAACAGCAGAAACCAUCGUUGAUCUCUGAAACCCACAUCUCCUGGCCGUUAGAUUUUCCAGAAUGUUAACUGAAGCCACGUCGUUGGAAUUUGAAAGGUUUCUAACAGAAAAACCUGUAAUAUUACCUUUCUUUUCUUUCUCCAAUUUUCUCUCUUUUCCCCAAAAAACUGGAAAUUACAUCAAAAUUUCGAAACCCUUUUUUACAUUUGCCCCAAACGAUUCUUGUUCAAUUUCGUUUUUUUCAUUAGACAUUGAUUAUAUUUUGCACCCAUUCCAUUCCCUCCAUAAUGAAUUCUUCUUUUUAAAGAAAAUCUUGACAAUCUCAUUAGAUAAAUUCUUGGUUCACGUAGCCGACCCUAUUAUUUUGGGAGAUCCAUGCUUUGAAUUGUUGUUUUUCUUAUGAGAAUUUGAUCAUUUUCUCAAUGUGGGUUGUUAAGAUUUUGUCUUAAUUUUUCCAAUUUUUAUCAUCCACCCUGAUUUGCUUCCAAAAUUGUGCUUUGCAUUUUGGGUUGAUUUUUUUUCUGCAACGUCAAAUUUGGAUUGUUUUUAUGGGGUUUAUAUUUUUAGAUCAUUAAUUGAUAUCUUCUUAGGGCAAUGCAAUGUCACCCUUGUUGAUUUGUGUAGGUAAAUGUUCAUGGUUGAAUAGCAGAUAAAGUGUUUGAGUUGUGGCGCGAAUGAGUGCACCGCAAGAAUUUGAUUUUUGACAUCAUUUGGUAUGAAAAACCCUGAACCCAUUUGGGUGAUAAGACAAACAGAUAUUGGUUAUUGAGCUGCGAGGUGGGAGAAGGGGUUGUGUUUAGUAUGAGAUGGGGAACAACUGCAUUUCAAAGCUUAUUCAGGUUGGGUUUUGGUGCAAACCACCAAAUCAGACAAUUGAAGAUGGUGCAAACAGCGAUAUCAAAGGAAAAGAUAGGUCAUUAGAUGUGCAAUUCAAGCCACCUGAGGUAGUGAAGAUUGACAGUAAAUUAGGCAGACAAGAGAGCCGGUUAAAUAGACAAGAGAGUCGAGUAGGGAGGCAGGAGAGUCGAGUAAAUAAGCAAGAGAGCCAUGUAGGGAGGCAAGAAAGCCGGUUAGGAAGGCAGGAAAGCAGCAGGUUGGGGAGUCAAGAGAGCAGGAUUGGAAGACAAGAGAGUAAAAUGGUAAGGCAAGAGAGUCGAAAGAGAAAUGUGAAUGGAGGAGAUCAGGAAAAGACCAAGAAGCGGCCUGUAAAUGUGAAAAGGGUGGCUAGUGCAGGGCUGCAAGUGCACUCGAUUUUAAGAAGAAAGACUGGAAAUCUGAAGGAAUUUUACUCUUUAGGGAAGAAACUUGGACAUGGGCAGUUUGGAACUACCUUCCUUUGUGUGGAGAAAGCCACUGGGAAAGAAUAUGCUUGCAAAUCAAUCGCGAAAAGGAAGCUGAUUAACAAGGAAGACGUGGAUGAUGUGAGAAGGGAAAUCCAGAUUAUGCAUCACUUGAAGGGGCAUCCUAAUGUGAUCACCAUUAAUGAUGCCUAUGAAGAUGGUGUGGCUAUUCAUGUUGUCAUGGAACUUUGUUCUGGAGGUGAACUUUUUGAUAGAAUUGUCAAAAGGGGGCAUUACACAGAGAGGAAGGCAGCUAAUCUUGCUAGAAUCAUAGUUAGUGUUGUUGAAGCCUGCCACUCGUUAGGAGUCAUGCAUCGUGAUCUUAAGCCUGAGAAUUUUCUUUUCGUGGAUGAGAAGGAGGAAUCGCCUCUCAAAACUAUAGACUUUGGAUUGUCAAUAUUUUUCAAGCCAGGGGAUGUCUUCAACGAUGUGGUAGGGAGUCCAUAUUAUGUAGCACCUGAGGUAUUGCGCAAACGUUAUGGUCCUGAGGCUGAUGUUUGGAGUGCUGGAGUGAUCCUUUACAUUCUCCUAAGUGGAGUGCCACCAUUCUGGGCAGAAACUGAGGAGGAAAUAUUUGAAGAAGUCCUGCAUGGUGAUCUUGACUUUAUUUCUGAUCCAUGGCCUAAUAUCUCGGAUGGUGCAAAAGACUUGGUUCGCAGAAUGCUCGUAAGAGACCCUAAGAAAAGAUUAACUGCACAUGAAGUUUUAUGCCACCCCUGGAUUAUGGCUGAUGGAUUGGCUCCUGACAAACCUCUUGAUCACUCAGUCAUUUCGCGAUUGACACAGUUCUGUGCCAUGAAUAAACUUAAGAAAAUGGCCCUUAGAGUUAUAGCUGAGAGGCUUUCAGAAGAAGAAAUAGCAGGACUCAAGGAGAUGUUUAAGAUGAUAGACACUGAUAACAGUGGGCAGAUUACUUUUGAAGAGCUUAAGAAUGGGCUGAAAAGAUUUGGCGCUAACCUGGAAGAGUCUGAGAUUCAUUAUCUAAUGCAAUCUGCAGAUGUUGAUAACAGUGGGACUAUUGACUAUGGAGAAUUUAUCGCGGCUAUGUUGCAUCUCCACAGAGUUGACAAAGAAGACCAUCUAUGUGCAGCUUUUGCCUACUUUGACAAAGAUGGAAGUGGUUACAUUACAAAAGAUGAACUACAACAAGCAUGUCAGGAUUUUGGCAUGGACGUUGUUCAUGUCGAAGAAAUUAUUAGUGAAGCGGACCAAGAUAAAGAUGGUCGUAUAGAUUAUAACGAGUUUGUUGCAAUGAUGCAAAGAGGAAAUGUUGAUCUUGGUAGAAGACACAAGCAUUCAAGUUCUACAAUACAGUGAGAUGUAGAUGAGCUGGAUAUAUUGGGGACACACCACAAAAGCUUGAAGAAGCGGUUCAAGAGGGAAUACGUGUGAGCCUUGGUUUAUUAUCCUCUUUAUUAGUAUCAUGGUUCUCAUUCUUAUUGGCAAGAAUUAGCAGCAGUUUGAUUGUCGGGGAAUUUUUAGCCUAGAGAUUUUUUAUUGAUGGGCUGAAAAGUAGAACCAGAGGUUGGUCUUCACUGCUUCAAGAAGAAAAUGCAUAAGCCAAAAUCUUUCUGAUGAUAAGACUGACCUUUGUUAUAUCAAGAUCAUAUGUUGCAGAGAACGCAGUCCGUCAGAUCAUUUGUUACGGUGAUUGCAGUUGGUCAGUUGCUAAUGCAUUAUGUACUGGUGUGACUUGAACUGUGAAGUGUUGUAAAAUACGUGAUAUGGCAGCAGCAGGUAAACUAAACUUGUGAUAAUAUGAUACUAACAGCCCCUCGGAUAAAUUUUCUGAUGUUCAGAGCCAUAGGACUAAACAAGGUAGAAGUACUUUGUAAUCAGAAAUUCCGUACAAGCAUGUCUGCAGCUGGAGUUGUGUAUAAAUAUAGAUUUUAAAUGUAAAAGAUAGCUUGAUAAAUUGAACAGUUUGAGUGACAGACCAUUUUUAAGCUUGUGUGGCAUUGAUGGGAAGUUCUUAUUGUGAUGAAAUAUAAUACUUAACAUAGAGUCUAAGCAUGUAUACAAGGAGCAAGUCCUUUCAAUCUGGUCUGGGAUUUGUAGUGAGUAUUUUCUGUAAAAUUUUGUACAGAUUAUAUCGUUGGUAGGA